CGUGGCAAUCUCAGUGUGAUGCGAGCGAGAGAGGGGGAUAGUCAAGUCAGGGUUUUGUCGAAGUAAUUUUUGUUUAAUAAAAGAUUGAUUGAUUUGAUGGUAAUUUCAACGGGACAGGAAUGGAUUCGUCAGGCUACGGAACUGAAUAUCAACAUCUUCAUCAACCGGCUUUGAUUGUUGGGGGAUGCUUUGCCGCUGUGGCAGUCCUUACCUCCAUCUAUCUCAUUCUUCAACAUCUCAGAUCAUACACCAACCCUGCUGAGCAAAAAUGGGUGGUUGCAGUUAUUUUCAUGGUUCCCGUCUACGCUACGGAGUCUAUUAUAUCAUUGUGGAACUCAAAAUUUUCUUUGGCAUGCGACAUUCUGAGAAACUGCUAUGAAGCAUUUGCCUUAUACUCUUUUGGAAGCUACCUGGUUGCUUGCCUGGGUGGUGAAAAAAGAGUUGAAGAACUCCUCGAAAAUGAAUUGAGAAAAUGGCUUGGGAAGCCAUUGUUAGAGGAGAGAGACGAAGAUCAUUGGGUUCAACAGAGGCCAUUUAGAAACUUUUUUCUCCGGCCAUAUAUUCUUGGAAAAGAUCUCUUCACAAUAGUAAAGUUUGGUCUUGUGCAAUAUAUGAUUCUAAAGACAGCCUGUUCAUUCUUAGCAUUAUUGUUAGAGCUUUUCGGGGUCUAUGGUGAUGGAGAAUUCAAGUGGUAUUAUGGGUAUCCAUACAUUGCAGUAGUUAUGAACUUUAGCCAGAUGUGGGCAUUGUAUUGCCUUGUGCAGUUCUAUAAUGUUACCCAUGAAAGGCUUAAAGAAAUAAAACCAUUAGCAAAAUUUAUUAGCUUCAAGGCUAUUGUGUUUGCUACUUGGUGGCAGGGAGUGGGGAUUGCACUCUUGUGUUACACAGGUGUUCUGCCAAAGGAAGGAAAAUUUCGAAAUGGAUUGCAGGACUUUCUGAUUUGUAUAGAAAUGGCCAUAGCAGCCGUUGCACACAUAUUUGUCUUCUCAGCAGAACCUUACCGAUUUAUCCCAGCGCCAGUAUAUGGGACGGUCACUGCUGAAACAAGCAGAGCAAAGGUUAAGUUAGAGGAGCAUGGUGAGGAAAAACCAGCUUUAGUUGAGGAAGUUGAAACUCAGGUUGAAGCUCCUGGAACAAGCAUCAGAAGUAGUGUUCAGGACAUUGUGGUUGAUGGCGGUCAGCAUGUUGUCAACGAUGUUGUGUUGACUAUAAACCAAGCAAUCGGACCUGUAGAAAAGGGUGUAACAAAGAUUCACGAGAAAUUUCAUCACAAAUCAAAAGGUCCAAGCGACGAGGAAGAGGAGUCGGAGUUUGAAGUUGAGGAGCAUGUUGAAGGAAACUCCAUUGAGAGAGAUGCUAGUGUUUGAACUUAAUGAGAGUAGUGACAUUUCCUUGUCUAUUCUGUUGUCUAUUUACCUUUCUGAAUUUGAAGCACAUCAAAUCAGAAAGUUUCUGAAAUGGGUCAGUCAGUUUGCUCAAAACAAUUUUCCCCAGUGCUCUAAUGCUCAACAAUUUCACCAACCAA